GAUUUAUUGAUUAACUCGUUCAUUGGAUGGUGGAUGAAUAUAUUGUUUAACGAAGGCCUCAUAUUGUAUCUUUUAAAUUUUAAAAACAUUAGGAUAAAAAAAGAAAACAUUUUCAUAGCUCUAAAUUGCACGAGGAGCAACUGAAAAAUGCACUUGCACUUACUACAAUUAGAUUUGCACCCUGGACGAGUAAAUCUGCAUUUUUGUGGGUAAUUGUCUCGUUGUCAAGAUUAUUGAGUUACAUCUGCAGUAUUUUUCUUUUUUCAAGUUUAUAACUAAUAUUUUUUUAAUUUUGUUGCAGGUUUUUCUUUUUACGUAUAAGAUAAAAAAUUUGAAACAUAAGUCUGGCUAUGAUAAAUCCUCUAGAUAAAUAUAUAUACACUUAGUUCAAACGUUAAUGCUUACUAGUGGAUAAAGAGAAACGGAACUAAUUCUUUCGAUUCUCGCAUUGCUAACAGAAAAAAGAAACUUGAAUAAAUGUGGCCUAGUACCAAACAGUUUUAAAUCUUUUAUCGACUCCUGUGUUUAAAAUCAUGUCGAAUGCCAGGAACUAAUGCAGGCGCUCUGUCAGCAAUAAUAGAAAGGGAAAAAAAAAUUGUCACAUGUAUUCCCGCCAUCUCACACGUGCACAUCAAACUACCAACAGAUCCUUUUGGGAACAAGGGGCACCAUCUUGAGUUCUAAAUUGCCUUCGUAUAAACGAAUCCUAUCGAUACACCACAUGCCAACUUAAUUGUAUAGACAGGUUAUACCAUAUACCCAGGCUUGCCAAAACGCGUCCAUCAUCGACCUGCUUGGGCCAAAUAAAGCUGUUAGUUAGUCACUUAAUCUCCAAAAAAGGCCCACAUGUUUGAGCUUGAGUGAGGAGGGGGAAUGGGGGUUUACAUUUACAGCUGCAUGAUGCCUCACCGCAGGGGUUAACGAGUAGUUUUUAAAAAACACAUUUUGGAAACUAUAUAUAUUAUAUACUGCCAUGUUUUUGCAAUGUCCAACCAGCAAAUUGUGAGUGGUUAAAGCGCUUCCUAUUCUAAACCGUCUCCCAGAUAACUCAGUUGUUGAGCAAAUUCCCACAAAAUCAGAGAUGUUUUAAGGCAAUUUUUUCCAAGAGACUCUUAAACAAUAACUAAAUUAAAAUUUUGUGGCUUUCCCCUCUUUUUUUUUUCAUUUGUCCAACUACUUUUAUCUAAGUGGGCAAUCAAAUGACGCCAAACCAUGUCACAACUAGCACAACCUCUGUGAGCAUACAGUUCAUGCAUAUUCUGGUAAAGUUAAUCUUAACUGAUAACAAUGUAUGUAACUUUAUGUGUUAAUAGCUUUAGCAGAUUAUGGUGAAAACAAUUUAUGAACCCCACGUAGGCGGUUGGUUUUACGGAAUAAAUGAGGUGUGUCAACAGCUGUUAAUGAGAUAUUGACCAAUACGUUUUGUUUUCAAGGAAGAUGGUGCCUUUUAAUUUGUAGGUUGUGUUAAUUGUGUCAGUUACCUAGCAACAAGACGGCCUUUUCCCUUUGGCAGUAUUUCUCCGAAAACUCCGAUGAUGCAAAUCAAAAUCAUCCGCCUGAGACAAGUUUCUUCAUUAGGAUCUUGAGUUUAAACUUACAGAAAAACCACUUUUGAGCUUUUGUUUCAGUGAUUUCUAUGAUGAAGUCGAAAUCAGUCUUUGUCCUUCUCCUCGUACCUACUCUAACUUUAGUAUUUUACUGGAGUUCUGUGACGAUCUUCGAUCAAAGAGGUGGACAAUUUGUCAUAAUACCACGGAUAGUAUCAGUUACUAGGGGACUAAAGGAAACGUUUGAUGGGUGGAAAUCAACAUCACGAACGCUUCGCGAAACUCAGGAAGCUAGAAAACGAUCAAUAAAAAAUUACUGCCAGAAACAUUCAUCCAACAGAAGACUAACCGACCAAGAACUUAGAUUUGUGAUCGUGGAAGAUGCACAUAAAAUCAUUUUCUGUUCCAUUCCGAAAGUGGCUUCCACAACGUGGAAAAGGGUGUUGGCAGAUCUUCAGGGACUCAAACAAGGAAUAUAUGUUCACCAAGCAAGGUUAUGGCGUCGCCUUGGAGAAUACAGUGAGGAAGGACAGUCACAUCGACUUAAGAACUAUUUCAAGUUUAUGUUUGUUCGGGAGCCACUGCAUCGGAUCCUUUCUGCUUACAAAGACAAGUUCAUCGGGAAGAAUCGUGACUUUAGUAAAAAUAUUCGAAAAAUGAUCGUAAAUAGCCUUCGUUCUGAGAAUUCUGUCGAGUAUGGGCAGGAUAUGAAGGUGUUUUCGCGGAAGCCAUCAUUUGAUAAAGAUAACAAUGUAAGUUUUCCUGAGUUCAUCCGGUAUUACUCCGCAGACAUACCACGCAACCCACACUGGCAGCAAUUUAAAGACCUGUGCCAUCCUUGUUUCAUUGAUUACGAUGUCAUCGGUAAUUUAGAGACCUUGGCAGAAGACGCCACCCUUGUGUUAAAAAUGGCAGGAAUUGACGACUAUGUAAAUUUCCCGCCGAUACACAACGCCACUGGCUCACGUGAUAUGGAACAUUAUUAUUCCCAAGUUCCCCAUGAAGACGUAGUAAGGCUUGCAGAGUUAUAUCGAGAUGACUAUAAACUUUUCGGGUAUGAAUUUCUUGGUCCUGUGAAGCAUUUACUAAAUCAGUCUUCGAAUAUCGGUGUUUGAGUGUACCACAGAGUAAAUUAUACUCAAUUCAGCAUUGGAAAACUCUACAGGUCGGGUCAAAAUUCUAUAGAUUUCUUCUGUGAUAAAAGCUGGUGUGAGACUGAGCUGAACUUCAUUUUCUGGCUUUGAUUAAGGGACCAAUCGCCGAUAUUUAUAGUAGUAAUGAUAAUGAUAAUAAAAGCUGUGGAAGAGGUCUUUUGGAAAUCCAACUUCCUAUGCAACAUGUUCACAUAAACAUCUUUUGGCUGUAAUUGCAGCGAAACAUAAUUAUAAUCCAAAGUAGAUGCUGAUGCUGCACUUUUUAUUGAAAAAUAAAAAAGCUGUCGCACUGUGUAACAGAAGAGCUGUCGCUCUUUCUAAUAGCAAGUGGUAAACCAUGCUGUCAUACUUUGUAAUAACACCUGUCGCACUUAGUGAUAAACUUAAGAUAGAUGGUCGGGGGUGAGUAGACCCAAUGAGCCAGUCUCUCUAAAUGC